CCCAUUAAGUAGUAAAUAUUUUAAUAGAAUGAUUUGUCGGUCACACGUUUCGUUGAUUAUAUAUAGAUAAACAUGGGAUCUCUUGCUAAAACAAUAGUAUUUCUCUACUUCUUCAGACAAUUAGUCUCUGGGUGGCUUUCGAAAUGUAUACGAAAUUCUGUUUGCUGUUAUUGCUCGUUGUGUGUAUUGCUGGUUUUGGUUCGGCAAAGCCACAAUUAGCCCUUGGCAUUUGUGGUGAAAAUGAGGUAUUCACAAACUGCGGGACCCUUUGUCCACAAAGGUGUGAGGAGAGGAGCCCUCUACUCGGAUGCAUACUCCUAUGCUAUGUCGGAUGUCAAUGUCAGCCUGGCUAUGUCUUGAAUAACGAAGAAAGAUGUGUCUUGCCAGAGGAAUGCCGACUAACUCCAUAAUUAUAGUAAUAGUUCGCUUCAAUAUGACAACAAAUGAAAGCGAGAGUUCAAUAACCACCUUCAUUCUAUAACAUUCUAUAGAAAUACAUAUUAUAUUAAAGUGUUAAA